UUACUUUAUAGUUGCACCAAGGACAUGCUGUACGACCAUUCUAAGUCGAUAAAAAUAAUAAUAAUAAUAAUAAAUAGAUGAAUGAAUGAAAAGGAAGGAGCAUAAUGGGUUCAAGGCCGAUAAUCCAAACCAAAGCCCAGACUUGAGUGUCGCAUAUACCGAAAACAAAGAGAGCCGAAGCUUUUCCAGCAAAACAGAGUUUUGGGGUUUGAAGUUUGAACAGCAUAUUGUUCCUGCUACAGUUUUACGGUCCCUUUCCAUUCAAACUUCAAAGCGAGAAGCUUUAGAGGUAACAUUUUUAAGUCGGUUCACUCUCUUCUCCUUUAAAUCAUUUAACUAUUUCUUUGCAUAGCCUUUGGUAGAAAUCACAGGGCUUUUGCUUUGCCAUAAAGUAGGUGUUUCUGUUUUGGGGUUGCCUAUAAUCUUAGAAUCAUUCAAUUUGUAAAGUUCUAUUCUUCCCUGAUGUUAUACUUUAUUGGGUUUUCUUUACUUUUGAGCAUAAUAUUGAAGAAACUGGAUUAGUCGAUGAACUGGGUUCCUAGCAUUCUAUGUUUUCAGGCUUCUGUUUACCCAAAAGAAGCUAUCUUUUAACCCGUGGUUUUCACGUGGGCAAGAAGUUCUCAAACCCAAGUGCUGAGGACAUUGUUUUCAGAGCAAUUUGUAUUAACCUGAAACAGAGGAAAUGGAAAUUCUUGGAGCAAAUAUCACCCAGUCUCACCAAUUCAUUAGUAAGUCGUGUGGUCGGCGAGUUCAGGGUCUUUCCCCAGUUGGCUUUGGAAUUUUACAAUUGGGUUGAAGACGGCAUGAAAUUUUCCCACUCGCUUGAAUCUUCUUGCACUGUAAUUCAUGUAUUGGUGAAUACAAGGAGGUUUGAGGAUGCCCUGUCUCUUAUGGGAAGUCUAAUGAGUGUAAGUAAAUUGUCGGCAUUGGAGGUUUUGGAAGGUUUGGUGAAAAGUUAUGAAACCUGUGAUUCGAGUCCGGCUGUGUUUGAUGCUUUGGUGAGGGCUUGUACUCAAUGCGGAGCCACUGAAGGCGCUUAUGAUGUCAUCAAGAAGCUUAAAGCGGAUGGUUGUUGGGUCACUAUUCAUGCUUGGAAUAACUUUCUUAGUCACCUUUUGAAGUUGAAUGAUAUUGGUAGGUUCUGGAAGGUGUACAAGGAAAUGGUUUCAUAUGGUUAUGUUGAAAAUAUCAAUACUUUAAAUUUGGUAAUAUAUGCUCUUUGUAAAGAAUGUAAAGUAUUUGAAUCAAUCUCAGUUUUUUACCGGAUGUUGAAGAGCAGUGUUCGGCCAAAUGUUGUUACUUUCAACAUGAUGAUUGAUGGAGCUUGUAAGAUGGGUGAUUUGGAACUUGCCUUAAAGCUUUUUAAAAAGAUUGGAGUGAUGUCAGGGGAGUGUAUAAAGCCUAAUUCAGUUUCAUACAAUUGCAUCAUUAAUGGAUUAUGCAAAGUCGGCACUGUAUCAUUUGCAAAAGAAGCUUUUGAUGAAAUGGCCAAGGAUGGUAUACAGCCUAAUGUGAGGACCUAUGCUACUCUAGUAGAUGGUUAUGCAAGAGGAGGGAGCUUGGAGAAUGCACUUCGACUAUGUGAUGAGAUGGUCAGUAGGGGUUUAAUUCCUAACACUGUUGUUUAUAAUUCAGUCAUCCAUUGGCUCUACAAAGAAGGAGAUUUGGAGGGAGCUUCGUUGCUAUUGGAUGACAUGAUCAAAAAGCGUAUAUUCCCUGAUCAAUUCACCUACUCAAUCCUCACAAAAGGACUCUGCAGAACUGGGCAUGUGACUGAAGCUCUCAGGUUCCAUAACCAAAUACUUGAGAAGAAUCCUGCUGAAGAUGCCUUUUCUCAUAAUAUCCUCAUAAAUUAUAUGUGCAAAAGCAAAAAUCUGGCAGGAGCCAAGCAGUUGUUAGGUAGUAUGGUUGUUCGUGGUAUAGUUCCUGACAUCAUCACUUAUGGCACUUUGAUUGAUAGUUACUGCAAAGAAGGGAACAUAGAAAGUGCAGUUCAACUUUAUGAUGAAAUGGUCAAGGUGGGGGAAAAACCCAACUUGGUGAUUUACAAUUCUGUUAUGAAUGGUUUAUGCAAGGGGGCAUCAGUGAAUGUUGCAGAACUUUUGCUAGAUGCAUUAAAAAGGAUGGGUAUUGUUGAUGCCAUAACCUAUAACACUUUGAUAAAUGGGUAUUGCAUUAGUGGAAAUAUUGACUCUGCAUUUACUUUGUUUUCAGAGAUGAAAAAGGUGGGAAUUUCAUUGAAUAUAGUCACCUACAAUAUACUUGUCAACUUCUUGUGUAAGUUGGGAUAUAUCCAACAUGCAAAGGAGCUUGUGAAGGUGAUGAUUCUUAGGGGAAUCAUGCCUGAUUCUGUAACAUAUACCACUCUUCUGAACAGUUUUAGUAAGAAUUGCAGUCCAGAGGAAGUUAUUGAAUUGCAUGAUUACAUGGUGAUUGAGGGAGUAAUUCCUGACAGGCAAUCAUACAAUGACAUCGUCUGCCCACUGCUUCAAGGGGAAAAGGUGUGAAGAAUAGUGGUGUGGGAAGAGUUUAUUCAGUACAUUUGGUUUGCAUCACUACAAGAUUAUACCAAAUGUUGGAUGUAAUUAUUUCGUAAUAGUUGAAAAAAGCAAAUGUUUAUCCCCUCGAUUAAACAUGUGCUGUGAAUUUUGAAGUCAUAAUCCUGUUUAUAUCAUUUAGGUGCAUGCCAUUUAUCUUCUCCAAUUCAA